CACUCUCAACUAAUCUGUGAUACUGAUUCUGGAACUAACUUUUAGCUCGGGAAAUUUUGUCCUUUUAUUUGUAGACUUCUCUAGUUUCAAUAAAUUUAUAUAUUUCUUAAAUAUUUUUCGAUAUGGCUGCAAUUAGUUUACUAAACCCUAAAGCUGAAUUUGCUAGAGCUGCACAAGCGUUAGCUGUAAAUAUAUCUGCAGCAAAAGGAAUCCAAGAUGUAAUGAAAACUAACCUCGGUCCGAAAGGCACAAUGAAAAUGUUAGUGUCCGGUGCAGGUGAUAUAAAAAUAACAAAAGAUGGGAAUGUGUUGUUACAUGAGAUGCAAAUUCAACAUCCCACUGCAUCACUCAUUGCACGCGCUUCCACAGCUCAAGAUGAUGCCACUGGUGAUGGUACUACAUCUACAGUCUUACUGAUUGGAGAGUUGUUGAAGCAAGCUGACAUUUAUAUUAGUGAAGGUUUACAUCCCAGAAUUAUCACUGAAGGCUAUGAUGUAGCCCGAUCCAAAGCACUGGAAAUUUUGGAAUCUAUGAAAAUACCCAUUGACAUUAAACGUGAGAAUUUACUUGACGUAGCUCGAACAUCCUUGAAAACAAAGGUACACCCAAGUUUGGCGAAUGUGCUUACUGAUGCAUGUGUGGAUGCAGUUCUUGCAAUUCGCACCCCAGAUAAACCUGUCGACUUGCAUAUGGUUGAACUAAUGGAGAUGCAGCAUAAGACUUCUACAGAGACUACACUUAUUCGAGGCUUGGUACUAGAUCAUGGAGGCCGACACCCAGAUAUGCCAAAACGCGUAGAAAAUGCAUACAUCCUUACUUGCAAUGUUUCUCUUGAAUAUGAGAAGACAGAAGUUAACUCUGGUUUCUUCUACAAAUCAGCUGAAGACAGGGAGAAACUUGUUGCAGCUGAGAGGGAAUUUAUUGACCAGCGUGUUAAGAAAAUUAUUGCUUUGAAGAAGAAAUUGUGUGAUGGUACUGACAAAACAUUUGUUGUCAUAAAUCAAAAGGGCAUUGACCCACUUUCCUUAGAUGCUUUUGCUAAGGAAGGCAUCAUGGCUCUGCGGCGCGCCAAGAGGCGUAAUAUGGAGCGUCUCGCUUUGGCAUGUGGUGGUGUUGCCAUGAAUUCAGUAGAAGAUCUUAAUGAAGAAAGCUUGGGUUAUGCCGGUCUGGUCUAUGAGCAUAUACUUGGAGAGGAUAAAUUCACAUUUGUUGAACAGUGCAAGAAUCCACUUUCUGUAACAAUUCUAAUUAAAGGCCCUAAUAAGCACACCCUUACUCAAAUUAAGGAUGCCGUUCGCGAUGGCCUUCGGGCAAUAAACAACGCAAUCGAAGACAAGUGCGUGAUACCCGGCGCUGGCGCCUUUGAGAUCAAAGCUAAUAUGGAGCUGCAGAAAUAUAAAGACACUGUUAAAGGAAAAGCCCGUUUGGGUAUCCAGGCUUACGCUGAAGCCUUGUUGGUUAUACCCAAAACUCUUUCUGUCAACUCUGGCUAUGAUGCUCAGGAUACUAUUGUUAAGCUUCAAGAAGAAGCUCGCUUGAAUCCUGACCCCAUUGGCCUAGAUUUGAGCACCGGUGAGGCAAUAAAACCAACAGAUGUUGGUAUAAUUGACAAUUAUAUUGUAAAGAAGCAGAUUCUUAAUUCUUGUUCCGUGAUAGCUAGCAAUCUUCUUCUAGUUGAUGAAAUUAUGAGAGCGGGCAUGAGCAGCCUCAAAGGAUAAUUUUAUAAUACGUUCCAUUAUGAAUUAAAAAAAUAUGCUUGAUUUUAUAAGUAUUAUGCAUUAAUUCUGUCUUCACUUUAAUGUUGCAACUUUGCAUUAUAACUUUUAAUAUCACAAUGUAUGUGGUGAAAUACUUACAACAUUAAUAGUUUUAAUAAUAAAAAAAAGUACUAAUA